AUGGCGUCGAUACUGAAAGGAGUCGGAUUCAUUACGGGCGCUGCGUCGGGUAUCGGGAAAGCAACCGCAUUCUCGUUCGCGAAGCACGGCGCAAAAGCCCUAGCCAUCGCCGACCUGAACGCUUCGGCGGUGAAACAGGUCGGCGCAGAGAUCAAGAAAUCAUUCCCCGCCGUCGAAGUGCUUCCCCUGCAACUCGACGUGACCAACGAACAAGCCAUCGACGACGCCGUGGCGGCGACGGCCAGCAAAUUCGGCCGGAUCGACUAUGCCGUCAACAACGCCGGCAUUUCAGGGACAUUGGACGCGUCAGCCGACCUGAGCACGGCGGACUGGCGCAAAGUCGUCGAGGUCAAUAUGCACGGUGUCUGGAUGAGUUCUCGAGCAGAGAUCAGACAGAUGUUGAAGCAGGAGCCGCUGGAACCAAAUUCCGUUCGAUACGGCCGAGGAACGAUCGUGAACAUGGCAUCCAUGUACGGAGUCGUCGGGACAGCGAUGCACAUCCCAGCAGUGGCAUAUACGGCGUCCAAGCAUGCCGUGUUGGGCUUCACCAAGACCGACGCCGUAGCGUAUGCAUCGCACGGCAUUCGAAUCAAUGCCAUCUGUCCAGGGUAUGUCGCUACCCCCUUGUUGAAAGAGGCCACCGCAAGCGGCGCCAUGCAGAAGGAGAUCGAGAGGACUCCUGCGGGAAGACUGGCAGAGACGGAGGAGAUCGCGGAUUCCAUCGCCUUCCUGGCGUCUCCUAUGAGCAGUUUCAUGUACGGGGCUGGUCUUGUUGUUGAUGGGUAA